UCAAAGUUGGAUGUAAAAUAGUCUUGUCUUUCGGCCAUAAAUGCAUAAACAAACAUGAGGUAGUUUCAUCACCUGUCUCAGCAACGCCCACCUAUAUCUCUAACCCUUCAAUUCAAUUCUCCGUGUGCUUAUUUCUGUAUUGCUUUCUGUAGCUACACUUCGCUUUGAUUUCCUAUUCUCCAUUUUUAAUCUCUUUACUCCCUCUGAAAUGGCUGCAUUUCUGUCUCUUCUCCGACGCCUAUACCUCGUUGUUUACAACUGGACUGUCUUUGUCGGAUGGUGUCAAGUUUUGUACCUUGCUGUAAAGACCUUGAAGGAUUCUGGCCAUGAGAAUGUCUACAGUGCUGUCGAAAAGCCUCUCCAGUUUGCCCAAACCGCUGCCGUUUUAGAGAUUCUUCAUGGACUAGUUGGCUUGGUGAGAUCUCCGAUAACAGCAACAUUGCCACAGAUAAGUUCAAGAUUGUAUGUAACAUGGGGUAUAUUAUGGAGUUUUCCUCAGACUCAGACUCACAUAAUAGUUAGUUCAUUGGUCAUCAGCUGGUCCAUAACUGAGAUUAUCCGCUAUUCUUUCUUUGGCUUGAAGGAGGCAGUUGGUCAUACACCUUCAUGGCUCUUAUGGCUGAGGUAUAGUACAUUUCUGUUGUUAUAUCCAACUGGCAUCACCAGUGAAGUCGGUUUAAUUUAUAUUGCCCUUCCAUACAUAAAGGGAUCUGAAUUGUAUUCUAUAAGGAUGCCCAACAAAUGGAAUUUCUCGUUUGAUUACUUCUAUACUGCCCUUCUUGUCCUCGGACUCUAUGUCCCAGGUAGUCCGCACAUGUAUACCUACAUGCUUUCGCAGAGGAAGAAAGCUCUUUCUAAAGCAAAAAAAGAGUAGAAACAAAUCUUACCUAUCAUUUACUUGUAUGCUAUCACUGUUUUGGUUGGAUUGCUUUUUGCUGAGCCUGGACCAGUUAUUGAAAUAUCAUGAAAGCAAAGAACACUUCAAUUGUUUGUUUA